CCUUGGAGCGACAAGUUGGUGCGCCGAGUGUCGUUGUCUGCAGCAGCGUCGUCGGCGUCGUUCCUUCGUCCUUCUCUCAACGCGGGCCCCGCCUCCAGCGAAAAGAGCAUCGCCGGACGACCGGCAAACUUGCGACACUGCCCUUGUCAGUUCACUCUUUUCUGUGCGUGUCUCGUCAGCGAAUCGGUGAUCGCCAAGAUAUGCACUAGAGAGGGCUGCGACAGCGGGGAAGGCAACGGUGACCAAAAUGGUCCUCGCCAAGCUGUACCGGGCGGUGACCAAGUUGAAGCAGCCGUUUCGAUUCCUGGCCCACCUGUCGCUUUGCGGGUUCGUCAGCGGAUUCUUUUGCGUGCUCACGGGCAUCCUACUGCUCGCUUUCUUCGGGUCCAACAUUCGCGAGGAUGAGGCGAUCAAGCGAAUACCCACGUGGAUCGGCAUCAUUGCCACUGGCAGUGGGAUCAUGUUUCUUUUUGUGGGCGUCACCCUGACCAUCCUGCUGUGCAAGCUGUUCAAUCAGCAAGCAGCCAGAGAUGGGGGUAAUCCCGUGCACAUUCAACGUUUCCCAUCGCAGCCGGGGCUGUACCCGGUCCAGGCCAUGGGCUGCGGUGCUUCUGGUGACGCACAGGACACGGCCGAGACCGACAAGCUCACCUGAUUCUUCGCUGCAGGUUGUUACAUCUGGCUGGGAGAUUCGGCAUGGCAUGGCAGUUGGCUCUGCUGGUCGUCUCGUUUGCCAGCCGCUUGAUCUGCUUUUUUCUUCUUUGUCUUGCCGGUGUUUUCAUGGGCCAGUCUGUUUGGGCACCUUUUGUUCUUGCAUGCAAGAUUGUUUUUUGUCCAUUUUUUUUUAAGUGACAUCUUCAUUUAGCUAUGUAUAUUGCCCCACAAGUGAUUUCUGUAUCUCCAGGAUUACACAUUCGCUACUGCAAAAUCAGUGUUGAUUUGCUAGUGCUUGUGAUUUGCUGGAUGAGUUUACAAGAGUGACUGUAAUGUUACGCAUGAGAUUGGCCAGGUGCAUGUUACUAGGGAACCAGCCUUGGUCACACUAACUGGGUGCUCAUUUGUUAAUCUUUAUGAGCCGAGUUUACUUGCAUGAGAUCUGCCAACCUUCUGUUGCUUUUUAUUUAUUGUAUGGCAUUGAAUCGUUGGUAUAGACAAUAUUCCCAGCAUUGUUAUUUUCGUACAUCUGGUAACGUCGAUGAAUUGCUGUUACAAUGUAGUAUUUGCAGUUCAACCUCGGAAUUCAUCUUGCAUCACUUUUGUUUGCCUAAUACACUAAACUGGUCUACUUCCCUACCAAAAAGAAACGCGUGGGGUUGAAAACAGACUUUAGAUUGCAGUCAUUUUUUGGGGAGGGGGACAUUUUCAAGGAUGGGGUUUGGUGCAAGCCAUAUUCAAAUAAUGGUAUUUGGGGUGUGAGCGACGUUGUGCCUAAUCAUGAACAACUGACAGUUUUGUCUCACCCGAGUAGCCUCAGUUUCUAGCAGUCUGUUGGGGAUUGUGCUGGACAUACGGACAUAUUAUGGCUAGAGCAAUCAUUUAUAAUUAUGUUGAAUUCCUGUGUUGUGCAUUAUUGCUGUUAUUUACAACCAUUUAACAUUAUAUUAAAGUGAAGCUUGACUCAAGAGUGGUUUCGUUUUAACGGAAAUUUCGUUUUAAACACAUCUUGCAAUACUCUGUUGAUGUUGUAGUUAUUCUUCAGUAAAAUUAUCAUAGCUGAUACUUCAUAAUACCCAUAUUUUACGGUUAGAGAGGAAGUUUUACAUUCAAACCAUGCACAUUCAGCGUAUGUGCACAUGUGGGCCCAUAUAUGAAUAGACACUGGAUUCUUGCUUGUGAGAUUUAAUUAGUUGUGGGUUUUUCAGAACCAUUCAUUCAGGCACAUAAGUUUCGUUAGAGCAACUGUGGAGCUUGAAUUAUGUUACACACAUAUUUUUUAAUGUCUGAACUGCAGAGAAGCAUGUUAAUGUCGUGGUGUGAAAGUCUUUUUUUGAAAUAUGUAUAGCAAUGCACAUUGUUUAAAAAUUUAAUCUUAAUCUUAACUCGUCAAGCUAUUUCAUUUCUCUUUCAAUGGUGAAAACUUUCACAGUGUAUAUUUUAUGAAAUGAGCCAUGUGUAUUCUUUUUUGUUGCCGAGUUUUUAGUUUUUCAGUACAUACGGAAUCGAUAGGAAAACUAGCAGAAGUGUUCAUUCGGUAAAAGCGAACCUUUAUAAGGCGGGCAGUGCCAGGAAAAAGUUGUCGUGUGGCAACUUUGCUUGCAAGGCUCGUUUGCUGAUGUUUCUGCGAAAAAAUGUGUCUGCACCAGAUGUCAACUGUUUUCGCUUAGUGUGUUGUCACUGGUUCUCUGGAACCGUGGAGCGAAGGUAGCGAAUCAUACCGCUCGUUUACAAUGACAAAAUUUUAACUAUGAAGCAAAAAUCGUAAAUGGUUCUGCCAAGUCUUUGGUUCUUUUUACUGUGGGAAUUCACGCACCAACCUUGUCAUUUCAUAACGAAUUGCUGUUAGUAAUGACAUUUCUUCUUGGACAUUAUUAAUGUCGUUUCUCCGAAUUGCACACACAUACUCGAACACGUUUUAUUCCUGUGGUAACGCUGUGCAGAAACUGGAGAAUGUGGAAGGAAAGUCCUGAUAUCAUUCACUUACUCUCCAUUAUUGCGACUGUAAUGAAAAUUAUUUUUUAUUGGGACUAAGGUUCGUCAACGCUUGUUUUGCGUGUCGUGCCAGGAGAAACAGACUUUGAGACGACGCGGUAACAACACACACGACGUUUAUGACAGAACACGGAAAAUAAACAUAGAAAACAAUGAGGCACAAAAGGUACGUACAACCAACAGAAAGAACUAAGCUUCGUUUAAGAAAUUACCAAUUAGCGUUCAAGUAAGAACGUUCGAAAACCUAAAAGCCAGAUCGGCGGUACGACAGACGCCGAUGGGGUGCAGGGCAGGAGGCGGUGGAAAAACGCUGUGGAAUGCGCUCACUUGUCGAUAGGCGACGCUCUGGUGACGAUGGGGUUUGACGGCGUGGGUGCGACUAUGGAGCAGUCAACCCGCACUGGAGACUCGAUGCUCCAUGCGUGUAAAUGGCCAACCCGUCCAGCAAACAGCUUGCGUCGAGACGCGAUGCUCGGCGCAACCGUGACCAUUAGCCAGGCCACGUUCAUUGCUGUGCCGAACGGCUGACCGUGGAGACGCCUCACCAAGAUCCGUGAUGCCCUCGGCAAGGAAGAGAACAGCAGGCCAGGCCGCGCCCCUAGAUGCAGUACUCGUGCCGGCAACGCCACUUCAUCUGGUAGUUGGACGGCAGUAGCGUGGACAGCCACGUUCCCUGGCCGGAACCUGGAUCACCUGCGUCCGACGCUUUGGCCCGCUGUCUUCUGUCUUUGUCUUCGUUUUCUUCACUCAUCACAAUAACCCCCAACACAAGAAAGUUGUUUCAGAAAAUAACUUUUCUCACACAACACAGUGAUGAUGAAUGAAAACAGGUGUUAAUUGAGCUUUGGCCUAUCCAGAAAUGUCUCUAUAUCACAAUCCGACUUGUUUUUACAAUGGUACAGUCCAGAAGAAUGAAGACAUGCAUACGGGCAACAAGAACCAAUACCAAACAAUGUAUGAUUUCAAAUGGCCUGAUAUUUUUGAAAUCACGCUUUUACAAAUGCAUGUUUCAGCUCUUCUAACGAACUUGUGGCACUUUCCUUCAGUGUGGUAGUGACACUCCUUGGCUGAUUGAACGCUUUUCUUGGUAGGAUACAUUUAGCAUUGUGUAGCGAACGCUGAAUUCCAAUGUGCUUAACUUUGGUCUAAACAAAUAUUCUCAAUGUGAUUGUUCUGUUCAAUCAAAUUAUAAUGAUUGCAGGAAGAUUUACCUGCAGAGCAUCUGCUAUGCUCUAACAAAUAAUAGAAUCUUAAUAAUCCUACUUUUAAUUUCCAACAAAUUAUUCAGUCUCCUAGCAUAGGUUACGUAACUUGACUCAAGUCUUUAAAGAGAUUGAAAUAAUCAAGUCCAGCUCACUUGAUAUCCUUCUGGAAGCGUCGCAUGAAACUACGCAGAGCUCUCGAGCCCUCAUGCCUAACGUCCUCCAAACUGCAACGCGUCUACACUGAACGCGAACAAAAACUGCCAAGCCCUGCUUGACUUAAAUGUCCUUGCGGCUGCUGUAGCCGUCACCCGUCAAACCAUGUUCACCCGCAAGCUUAGCGUGAUCGUUCACAUGACCUAAGGCUCCUGCAUCACCAACUGUGCUAAAGCCAGGGCGCAUGGCUGUUUCAAGUUAGUCCAAGACGGCAUCUACCAUCGUGCCCAUUCGGCUAUUACAAUAGUGUGUCAAGCCCUCCCGCACAACAAUCUCGCUGCCCUCACGAUCACACAACCUCAACGCUCCUGUCCCCUGCGUUAGUUUGCACCCAACUGUUUCUACAACCAAUUGUUUCUUCCUUGGCCUAAAUCCUACUAUGUUCACAGAACGGUGCUUAUUUUUCCGGGUUCAUUCCUUAAGCACGGCGCACAAACAAGGUGACACUGUUAAAUAUAUUUAAAAGAAGAGCUUAAUUGUUGCAAGCUCGCCAUAAUAUUGUAAUGAAACUUAUUCUUUAUCGAGGCUAAGGUUCGUCAACGCUUGUUUUGCGUGUCGUGGGAGGAGAAACGGACUUUGAGACGACGCGAUAACAACACACACGACGUUUAUGACAGAACACGGAAAAUAAACAUAGAAAACAAUGAGGCACAAAAGGUACGAACAACCAACAGAGAGAACUAAGCUUCGUUUAAAAUAUGUCCAAUUAGCAUUCAAGUAAGAACGUUCAAAAACCUAAGAGCCAGAUCGGCGGUACGACAGACGCCGAUGAGGUGCAGGGCAGGAGGCGGUGGAAAAACGCUGUGGAAUGCGCUCACUUGUCGAUGGGCGACGCUCUGGUGACGACGGCGUUUGACGGCGUGGGUGCGACUACGGAGCAGUCAACCCGCACCGGAGACUCGAUGCUCCAUGCAUGUAAAUGGCCAGCCCGUCCAGCGAACAGCUUGCGUCGAGACGCGAUGCUCGGUGCAACUGUGACCAUUAGCCAGGCCACGUUCAUCGCUGUGCCGAACGGCUGACCGUGGAGACGCCUCACCGAGAUCCGCGAUGCCCUCGGCAAGGAAGAGAACAGCAGGCCAGGCCGCGCCCCGAGAUGCAGUACUUGUGCCAGCAACGCCACCCCAGCUGGUAUCUGGACGACAGUAGCAUGAACAGCCGCGUUCCCUGGCCGGAACCUGGAUCGCCUGCGUCCGACGCUUUGGCCCGCUGUCUUUGUCGUCGUUUUCUUCACUCAUCACAGCGACCUUGGACGCUGCGAUAGUUGCAGUUGCGCCUGAAUUUAAUAUGAUUGAAGCCAUUCUUCUUUGCAGCUGUAUCGGAAGAUUUUUAGAUGGAGACCAUUUGGUUUAGGUGUACAAGCAUUGCAAGGUAGAGUGCUAUGCAAUCUUCUUGCUUUUCGACCUCGCCAUGAUGUCAUUUGUGAGGCCAUUUACAGCAUGGCCAUGUAUUGUAAAAAAAAAGCCAUGGAGGUAGGUAGCAAUGCAAUUUACGUUAUCGAUAUAACAACAUUUCUUAUGGCAUACGCAAGUCUCUCUAUUGUUGAGGACCCGUGUUCUCCCGAAAUCUUCCAGCUCAAUCGCAUCCAAAACCUGCCCCUGCUCAAAAAAUGACCACAUGUAGGCAGUAUAUUAGUGCAAAGCUCUUGUACAUUUACAAGUUUCAAUUAUCUGGUUGUGACUGUUCCUUCGGGUAUGCUGCCAUCGUAGGUGGGGAGAUCUCCCGAAAGCAGAGAAAACUUAUGUCCAUUGUGUUUCUUUUUUUUUUCUAGGAAGUUAGCUGUACAAACAGCCCUCUUUACGACUUCCUAAAUGUGGGGAUUUUGGCUUUAUGUGGAUAGCAUCAUGCUGUCCAUCUUUAAAAUCCUCAACCUUAGACAAUUGUAAAGCAGCGUCAUAGGGAAGGAAUACAUAAUUUUCUGUUUCAACUCAACUACACAAGCUGGUGCUUAAUGAUAGCUGUUGAUUCACAUUAUUGAGCAGAUUUUUACAGAGAUGCUUGUAUUUUUUUAUUAAAGUAAAAGCUCUGUCAUUACAGCCCACAGCAGGCAUAAUAAGGGUCCCUUGAGAACUCACAAGAGGCGUAAAAAACAUGUUGUAGCGUUAAAACUUAUGACAGGUGUAAAAAGCGUGUUGUAACAUUGGAACUCAUGGCAGGGGUAAAAACGGUGUUGCGAACUCACAACUAUCGACAGCUGGAAAAAGCUCUUUACUGAGCAGUGUUGUGACAAUAGAAUUCACAACUGGUGCGAAAAGAGUGUUGCGUGUGUUUUUUUUAUGGUGUCAAGAUAUUGGGGCACACCCGCGUAGUCCUUCUAUAAUCACUGUUGAAAUGUGAUGGGAUCACCUCCACUGAACAUAUUGCUGAACAUACGUAGAUUUCACGUUUGAAUUCGUGUUCAUGGUGCAGACAAAAUGCCGAAAACGAGAACAAACGAAGUCAAGGGUCCAUAUUUCAGUACUUGUGCGGCGAUUUCAGCACUUGCAUAAUGAUUAAUAUGUGCUCUCAUUGUAGAAACACCAUACAGUUAAGCACCUCUCUUAACAGCACAGAGAGAGCUUCAGUACCUGCACUGCUCAUCUUUGUUUUCUUAAUAAGGUAGUUUUUUCGUGGUUUUGGUACCACGCCUGCGUGGUUAUAUCAGUGGGGAGAUAAGAAUUCCCAAUGAAGCUUAGUGUUUUCUGUUGGCGGAACAAGAUGGCCGAAAGAAUAAUUCAUUACAUGUGGAAUACAAACAGCGUCUUGUAUCGUGCUCACAAAUUGAGAUGUCUGCGAACCCUUCUAUUGUUAGCCAACUUUACAGGUUCUUAGAUAUGUAUUGUGAACUGUGCUGCUAAUUUGAAGCUCAGCAACUGUAACCAUCAUUUAAGAUGGUCCCUUAAUAUUCACGUCACCUGCAAAAGAUAUUGGGAUGUGUUUUAACAGCUGCUGAAGCCCACAGGGGCCUUUAGUGUCAGUACGAAGGUGAUUGUCACAUAAUCACUGCAUGGAAGCUCAUGAACGCAGCAUUGAAGAGACUUGCACAGUGUUCUUAGUUACGUUUAUUGUUUUGUAUGUCACUGUUCACCAGUAGUGAAUAUCCCAGCGUACUUGAACAUCUUUCGUAAAGGUGGGCUUGUAUUUGCACAGAUACUGAUGUGUUCUCAGGUUACAUUCGAAGGUAGCCGAGUCGUGUUAUUUUGAGAACUGCAAAGAAAGUUAGCUCUCAGCCCAAGAUACCAUAGAUUAUAUACAUGUGUUAGUGAUAUUGUUUUAAAUUUAUUUAGAACAAUGCUCGAAGGUGCCGAAAAACUAGCAACGGCAGUCUGGCACAACUAUUCUGUGAUCCCAUAUAAUUCGGAAUCUCUUCAGUUCACUGUUGCGUUCGCGUUUUCUCAUAACACAAAUUGUAAUAUGGGCUUUGCGAAAUCUAUUCCCGCCCAGUAACACGAUUUUUUGUUGAAACUAGGAUGAAAAUUAUUAUUUUUCCAUUGGACAUAAAGUGGGGAGCCUGCGUUUACUCACCCGUUCUUCACAUGCUUGUUAAGAGUGUGAUGUCGCGUAGUUGACAAAAUAAAAAGUUUUGAAAUAGUGUUCCAGUAACAUUCUCAAGGACUGUGAAAUUUUCAUUUUUUUUAAUCUCAAGUGACACAUUUGUUCCUAUUGCGUGUAAAUAUUUGUAGUUUUGUGCUGUGUUGUCUGUGCUUGUGAACUGCUGUGAUAUGUCGUACGGUGAGGAUUCACGUUUUACAAAACUGACAGGCCUGUCGUGAAAAGAAAUCUCGACGAGUCUGCGUUUGUGACGAGGAGAGCCAAUCUGUGCGGGCACACCAUUAUCCAAAUGCCACUGACAAAGAUUGUAUGUGCAUUUUUAUUUCUGUGCUCAUAUAUGUACGUUUACUUUGGCCUUUUAAGGUGUAUUUUCUCAUUGUGGUAUUUAGUCACUUCUGUUACUACGCGUACAAAUAAUGAUGUGUCAAAUAAAGUCCUUGCUUACGUGCA